GCAAAAGUCGCGCAGGUAUUGACGUUUCGCAGACAUGGCGGUGCAAGCAGUUCAUAUUCAGGGGGAUGCGUUUUUGGUGUGUGUCACCCAUUCGCUAAGUACGGAAAGAGAAGAGGUCAUGGGCUUGUGCAUUGGAGAGGUGGACACUCAGAAACUUGUGCACAUUCACUCUGUUAUUAUCCUGCGGCGUUCAGAUAAAAGGAAGGAUCGAGUGGAGAUUUCCCCUGAGCAACUUUCUGCAGCAACUAUAGAGGCUGAUAGACUUGCUGACAUUACUGGGCGUCCUAUGAGAGUAGUUGGGUGGUAUCACUCCCACCCUCACAUCACUGUAUGGCCUUCCCAUGUGGAUGUGCGCACUCAGGCUAUGUACCAGAUGAUGGAUGUUGGAUUUGUGGGUCUAAUCUUCUCAUGCUUCAUUGAGGACAAAAACACCAAGACUGGCCGUAUCCUGUACACCUGUUUCCAGUCAGUUCAAGCUCAGAAAAGUUCAGAGUAUGAACGUAUUGAGGUGCCAUUACAUGUGGUCCCACACAAUACGAUUAGGAAAGUUUGCCUUGAGUCAGCUGUGGAGCUCCCAAGAAUCCUUUGUCAGGAGGAGCAAGAUGCUUAUCGCAGGAUACACAGUCUUGGUCAUUUGGACUCUAUCACUAAGAUUCACAAUGGCUCUGUUUUCACCAAGAACCUGUGUGGGCAGAUGUCCGCAAUUAGUGGACCACUCCUUCAGUGGUUGGAAGACCGUCUAGAACAGAACCGCCAGAGGGCUCAGGAGUUGCAGAGUGAGAAGGAGCAGCUGCUGCAGGAACUGAAGACUCUUGGCUGAGGUCAUAAAGACUGUAUGAUGGGACACAGGCAUAUGCAUUAAAGAAAGAUGAUUAGG